CACUCGCCCAGAAGAGUAGGAGGACGGCCCCUUGUAGAAUUCUGCUGAUUAAUUAGCCAAUCAGCUUGAGAAUGCGUAUGGCUGAAAAAUACGAGCUAAAUGCGGGAAGUCAUCAAAUGGCAAAGCGGACAGUGGACAUCAGCAUCUCGUAAAGGCUAACUGUGUGGUACAUAUAUUAUAAUCUGUAUGCUAAAUUUGACCAUGGAAAUGGCUAAGAAAAUCAUAUUUGUGGGAGGAAUUUUACUCGCAUUACAAGCUUGUGGAACAGGAGGAAGCUUAUUGUAUGUACAUAAAUAUCUUAUAACCAUAUGUUUAAUGCUAUUUGUCGCUUAAGGGUUUGACACAUACAACAAUAUGUCAAAUAUCAAUUCUUGUUCUCUCUAAUUUCAGUCAGGAUUUAGGAAUCUGCCAAAACUCACGAAAGAAAGUGUGCUGUAUUUUAAUUGUUCAAUGACUCACAACAAAAGAAUGAGUGCAUGUAUCAACUCGCAAUAGUUAAACACGCAUGGGAAGUCGACAAAUGUGUGUGCCAAAAUCUUAAAACUCUCAACAUUGAUUAAGCCACUUCAAAACUCAAAAGUGAAGAAAACACGCGAGUGGUCCUUUCAUCUGCUUCAGUUGUAGGCUUUAUAUCUGGCAAACAGUGGCGCCGCCAGCUCGAUAAAUGGGGGGGGGGGGCAAUAUUCAUAUCUUCGUGUUCUGCAUUAUUAACUUCUUUUGAAAUCGAUUGUUUUUAUGGUCUGUGAACAAUAUUCGCCACCCCAAUUAUCGAGAUGGCGGCGCCACUGCUGGCAAACAAUAAACAACUGCUUCCAUACUGUUUUUCAAUGCGCUGGUAUAAAUUCAGACGAAUUAAAUUUCAUGCAGUUCGUUUUCAAUUUAACUAUAAGUAUAAAGAAUUAAAGAUGGCCAUUUCCAAAUUGACGCAUGUCUUCUCUAGACAAGUAUUUAAUUAACUGGAUACUGGAUGUGGCUUAUAGUGCGGCUAGUUAGUCGAUGAUGACAUUGCCAUUUGUUUUUCUUCUCAUGCCGUUUAGGUUUUUACUUAAAAUGUAACGCGUUCAGUUUGUCGGUGAAGUAUUCUGCACAUGUUCUUUGUCUUGUAACUUAACCGAGAUUACAAAUCCAGAGACUAUCCAUAAGAAAAUGGAACAGACAAACAAGAAUCUCCCACUAUUGGGGAGACGUAUAGAAAGGUCAAAUUCUAUACCUUUUGAAGUGGCUAUUUGUUCAAGAGAAAGUUUACACAUGCACUUUAUUAUAGUACUUCCUGAUCCAAUAAAAGAUUUAAUGUAUACUAUAUAUAGUUAGUUUUGAAGUUUGAAUGGCUGAAAUGAAAUUUAUAGCAUUAUGUAUAUCUGAGGAGCCCUCUCUCGAGCUAGGUUUUCAGUUAUUAGGAUAGCAGUUAUACGUAAUUGUCUUUAGUGUAUAUGCGGCAGUGUACGUAUACGUUCUUGUCUAUUCUUAAAGAUGGACGAAAUUUGCGUCUGUUGGGUUAAACCAAGUACCAGUUGAAGUAAACACCACUGUCUGUGCUCAUAUCACUGGCUUUGUGAGUGAACAACGUCGAAUAUGCGAGUCCAAGCCGUUGGUCGUACCGAGUAUCAGAAAGGGAGUGCUUUUGGCAAUGGAAGAAUGUAAAAAACAGUUGAGCAAAGAACGAUGGGAUUGUUCAACGAUGACCGAAGCAACAGCUUUGAAAGGAUUGCUCGCCAUACGUAAGUAGUUUGGGGUAAUAUGGCAUCGAAUUUUAUAGUCACAAGGAGUAUAUACAAAUUCCAAAACGACAAAAAUCCUACAGUUUGUACAAUACAGGAUUUCAAUUUGAAAUUCCAAUACGAAAUACAUUCCUUUGGUCCAUUCCUGCAGAAAUUCCUAUAGGAUUCUCGUCAAAUAAUUUUGGACGAACCGGAUGAAAAGGAAUAGUAUAUGAACGUACUGUAGACAAAAGUAUAGCAAGUCAACAACUUGUCUGUUUAUAAUGAAUCUGUCCGUAUCUCCUAAUAACAUUUAAGUUGUGUUUUUAAAAAGAUACGGAAAUUAUUUCAAUCAGGUUAGCCUCGCCACUGUAACUUACACUGUAACGUAAUUAUUUUCUUACAGCAAGUAAGGAGACAGCGUUUGUGUACGCACUGACUUCAGCUGCCGUGGUUCAUGCUGUGACAAAGUCUUGUACUGCAGGAGAUCUACCAGACUGCGCAUGUAAGAAAUCCAAAAACAAGUAUUAUGGAAAAAUUAAGGCACGUUGUGAUGAGAAUAUUCAAUACGGGAUCUUGUUUUCGCAACUUUUUGUCGAUGCACCGGAUCAAGACAAGCAGGCAAGAUUAAAAUUUCGUCGCAGUGGACAAAACCUGGUUAAUCUUCACAACAGCAGGGCAGGAAGACAGGUAAUACUAUAACACUGUUAAAACCCUGGAAGAACUAAUUCUGUAAUGCUUUUAGAAUCAAACCUCCUGCACCCCGUACCAAUUAUUGUCCACAUUCAAUCUGCUGACUGGAAUUUUCUGGGCAUUCUGCUCAUUCAUGUGACAAUCAAACUCUUAAAUUUGAAGCCACCUGGGCUGAUGACUGCAUUGGUUUCGACAAUUAUAAAUAGUUGCACAGUUAAUGGAUUGAGCAGAAGUUUCUUAAAAACGCAAACGAUAUCGGCGAGUGCACAAAUUAACCAGGAAGCGCGGGUUAUGCACGGCCUCGAUAAAGUCCGCUCUUCAUUCCGUUCGAGCGCGCUACGUCCCGUCCACACUGUAUUGAGUUUAGAGUUCCUUCACGAUGUUUAUCAAAUAUGUGUCUGUAAACAGCAGCAUAUGUCCAAAACACCUUUGACAUUUAACACAUUUUUGUGUUUUUGAUUUGUACAGCAAGGUGCUUGCCCCAAACUGUGCGCAUAUCGCAAACGAACGCUAUACUUAUCAGCAAGGCAACGCCGCCAACGCGGCGUAACUGAAUUGCCAAAAAGUCCGUUUAAUCAUAUCGCUAUAAUAGUUAUUUUCCAAGUCUCGACUGUUUUUAAUUCACUGUAACCCAAAAGAUAACAGAGGCUUUCGUCAUUUUGAGUCGAAAAUUACACAUAUGCAGGACAAUGUGCACUAAAACAACACUACACCACUAAGGACACUGCAUCGGUCGAUUAUUCCUGAUUGAACCUUUCUCAAAUUUUAUAUCAGUUUUAAUCAUAUAUCAACCAUUCAACCUUCGAUGAUGAUGGUGAUGAAGCAAGUGUUGUUUCGUGCAUUUUUACGCACCACACAUGCAUGAGCCAUGAGGAAAGUCUAUGCAGUCGAGACAUAAAUGAGUGCAACCAUGAAUAACAAGAUACUCACUAGCCAUUUUCUUUUUCUCAACGUUUUAUAUAGUGCUAGUUUUUUCGUCCUGUUUUUAUAUAUUAAAUAUAGUCGUUUCGUUAUCGCCGCAGCCGCAGGUAAAUCAGUUAAGUGCAUGCAGAUCACCUUGAUAUGAACUGAUAAAGACGAGCACCAAAGUGCAUAAUUUAGUAUAUCUUCAUGCAUCGCGUAGUAAACUGAUGAUGAUUGUAUCUCGGUCGCAUGCACGCGUACGUUAAUACUGCAGCUUUCAGUUUAUUUUAAUUCAAACAACACUGCAUGUUUUCUCCCAGUAAAAUUGUUCAUAAAGGAAUGAAACCAAAUAGAAGCCAAAUAUUAUUUCGACAUUUUCUGUAAAACAUUAUUUUUAUCAUAUUACGCAGUCCGUAGGCCUACAGUUUACCUACACUCAUUACAGUCAAUUUCACUUGAAUUUUUGCACUCAUUAUUCCACAUGAUUCCAAGUGCUGACAUUUUUAUUACUUUGAAGAUAAAUGUAUAUAAACGUCAUAUGUUAUCACUUUUUCAACAGGAAGAACUACUGAAGUAAACGUUCCUUUCAAUAUAACUAUAAGCUAUGAAAUUACAAUUUUAGGCCACAACUGUCGUAAUAAUAGUGAGCUUAAGCAAGCGACGUUUUUGCCAACACGGACGUCACUCGACUAAAUUGGUAUAUGUAAUUUUGGCGGCUUUUUGCAUCAUAGCGCUCAUGUAAGGAAGCAAAAAAACUUUAAAAAUCUUAUGUUUUGUCAUUUGUGGUGAAGAUUAUCACAAACUGACACAAACACAGUUUCCAUGCAGUUCCCCUCGGCAAUCUGGCGUCCGUGUUGACAAAAGCGUCGCUUGCUAGUUAAGCUCGCUAAUAGAGACCUAGCUUAUGAUUUAGGACGGCAACGCGACGGCAACGGCUACCAAUACAAUAAACAUUGAAAAGAAUUGAAUAAUUACAAUAUAUGAAUAAUUUAAACAUUGUCUUCGCUCUGUUUACAACGCCAAAUCACAGAUUUUCACGUGUUGAUAGGCUGCAACGGCUGCAUUUCAAACUGGGUUCAGCAGAACUCUUCCCAACCAUAUUAUUAAAAGCCCACGCAUGUCUUCAACUUCUAAGACUGUAUUAAAUUCAUACGAUUGACAAUAUACGACGAAUUAUCUUUACUACCAUUUAUUUGAGAGAAUUUUGUUUUGGCCGUCGUCGUCGCGUUGCCGUCCUAAAAUCGUAUAAGGUCUCUAAAGUGAAGUACGUAAUGCGCAAAAACGCGCACAUUCUUGAUCACUAUUCCUUAGACGGAAAUCUUGUAUGCUAACCUUUAACUGAUUUGUCAUCAAUCAUUUCGAAGAUGUAAGUGAAAUCUCAUGCUCGUAUUUUAAUUUAAGAGAUCACGCGUAACUGAACAAAUCAUGAAGCUUAUCGGAUAUUGAAUAUUUACUUAUCUUAAUUAAAAGCUGUUAGACGACGAUUUGUAAACAUGGACUGUGUAAGGUAAAUAUUCCUAAGGUCAACAUUGUAACAAAGUGUUAAGAAUCUCAUCAUAAACUGAAACCAUUUUGGCAAUGAAACUGCAUGACCCGGCUGUUAUAUUCUGGGAGUAUUUGGACUAGUCCCAGUGAUUUAGUUUUGGUUCAAUCUAGACACCAUGAGCCAUCAGCUUGAGAUUUUUCGUAAAUUUCAUUGUUUUUCAGUCUUAAUAUCAUAGAAGACGGUUCCGUUCUUCCGCGGUUGAACAAAUUCUUGUCGCAUGCUUUAACAUAGAUGAAAAAAUCGGAUAUUCAUUAAAAAGAUAGCGCCAAUCUUUAGUAUACUAUUCAUAGCAUGCGUGACACUUUCCUCUAAAAGUGUGAUAGAACUGUACUGUGAUUUUAUGUACUGUGACUCUAUACUGAAUCGUUACUCUUACUUUGAUCGGUUCUACACUGUCCAAUCCGCAACAAUUAUAUAAUUAUUAAAUGAGGUUGAGCAUGAUAUGAAGAAUUACCAAGCCGAAGUUUGCGUUACCAACUGAAACCGAAGGCUGGACCGCUGGAGUAAAACAGCGGUCGGUUGUGGGGGCGAAAGAAAGUAAUUUAGUAAUUUAUUUAAGAAAGUAAUUUAGGGAUUUAAUUUCGGGCUGCGAGCAGGCUAAUUGGCUAACAGCCAACUGUGAAAUUGUCAUAUCAACUUAAUAUAGCUCACCAAAUAUGGAAUUUAGACGUAAUAUUCAAAGAAGAACGUCAUGCACAAUUUCUCACUCCUUCAGCAGUUGCGCGAGCAGGCUAUUAGCCAACCAGAAAUCACAAAUUCUUGAUAGCAUAAUACUAUAAAUAAUAGUAUAGAAUAGUAUCACAAGAUCUUCCACUUUUUCUCUCUUGGUAUGGAUUUGAGUCACUAAAUGCCAAUACCAUUAAAAUACAAUACCAAUCCAUUUUACCGGAUUUUACGAAAAGAAACUAUACAAUUUUUCUCAGUGUAACCUAAAGGCCUGUACCGGGCACGGAUGAUAUUUUAAAGUGUUUUCAAAUUUGGAUUGUGACUGGUGGAAAACGUUUACAUGAAAAUAGUUAUGCCAUGAUUACUUUAAUCAUCGAUAAUCAGAAAAGUAUUAAAAAUAAAACGUUGAUGGAAUAGAAAACGAAUAAUUAAAUUAUCCCAUGAAAUGGAGGAAGAGAGUAAACAUUAUUUAUCCCUCAAAAGCAGCUUGUCUCUACUAUAUAAUUACUUUUUACGAUCAAUCCAAAUUCAAAAAAGAAACGGAUUCUAGAAUAUGCAAUAAAUUCUUGAAAAAAGUAAAACGGCCGAGCGUUCAUUCUAUCAAAAUCCAGCAUUUUAUGCAAAUUAUGAAAUAUCAUAUAUCCUAACGUCCUAACUGGUUUUUAUUUCUUGGGGUUGGUCAGUUCAAUGACCCUUUAAUCCUUUUUAAAUUGCACGUGACGCAUUUUCGCAUUAGUUGGCUGCGCAAACUCGCUACAGGUGAAUGAAAAUCUGAUCUACCGUCUAAAAAUAUUGACGUCAACACAUUCGCGUUACCUACAAGGAAUGCUAGACAAUUAAGCUCCAGUGAAGCGCGCGGCAAGUUGUUUAAAUUACCACAGUGUAAGCCUGAUCCGAUUUACUUUUCCAGCUGCGAGUUUGAUUUGUUGUUUUGGUUUAAUUAACGUCAUGUUGAAACGGGUGGCAAUGACCGAAAAACGGAAGAAGCUAAAAAUAUUCAAUAUUCUCAUACUGUUCCGAAGUUUUCAAGAAACAGAUGACAGAUAUAUAUUUGUAUAUUAUUCGCAUUUUAAACGCAUAAUAACUUAAUUAGUAGCAGCCAGCAAAAUCAAUGUCAGCAACAAUUCAUUAAUUAACUAAAUUGGGGGUGUUGCAGCCUAGACCUAGGCCUUCUAUUUUUAUUCAUAUAUUUUUAAUAUUCAACGCUUUUUCACAUUGAAAAGACUGGGACUAGGCGAUUGCGUCCUUCCUCCGCCCCGCCCCCAAAUCACCUAGUCCCAGUCUUUUCAUGUGAAAAAGCGCUGAAUAUUAAAAAAAUAAAAAUAGAAGACCUACUAGGUCUAGGCUGGGGGUGUGUUAGGCUAAGAGAAGAGGUUUUAAAAAAAUUGAAGAAAAGAUAAAAGAGGGAGCUGGUGAUAUAUAAAUUUUACUGAUAUAUGCACAAUACAUGUUAUAAUCUUUGUUAAUCACUACUUCAAUCUUGUAUUAAAUUAACUCAUUUUAAGAAAAUAAAAUAUAAAACAAAAACCGAAAAAUAUGGACUAAAACAAGACGUAAAUUUAUAAUUAAAUGGUUAUAUUCGAUGCCAUUACAAAAUCAUCAUCAACUCUCAAUUUGUAAUAUAUAUCUUUUUUCUUCAAUCGUUACACUUUACGUAUUAUAGAAAAAGAGUAAAAAGAUCAUUUCCACGACAUAAUUUUUUUUUCAUCAAGUGCUUCCUGAAUUAAAGCAUAUCAUUUCGGGAACAAUUACUUGAGGGAUGAUAUUAAACGUCUUAAAAGAAUUUUGCCAUUCCGGGGACCUCAGAUCUCAACAUUUUCCAUGACCACUGCCUAUUUGAUAUGAAUAAUUUGAUAAGAAUUUGAAAGGAACGUGACGUCUCAAAAUUGAAAUCGACUGUAUCGGUUUUUGUUAAAUAUCCAGACAGUGGUAAAUUUCCGGUUUACGCAGGAAUUAAAUCGCGUAAUAAAAUCAACGGGGAAGCAAGUUUUUUAAAAUUUCCCCGAAAUCGUUGAAGCAUUAAUUGUCUGCACGGCUAUAGUCCAACACUGAUCACGCACUUUGUUUAAUUAAGCACGUUUGUUUAAUUAAGCACGUAUAACAUUCACACAAUUGUUGCGCACGCGCAGAAAUAAAAUUUCCAUCAUACCAUAUACCUAUAGCAUAUCACAUGCAUACUCAAAACCAUACAUUGUUCAACAUUGACUUAAUUAGUUUUCUUUAGGCUGUACUUACAUCAAUAAAAACCCGUUGUCGUUGUUACGGUGUUUCGCACGGUUGCGCUGUACGAUCCUGCUGGAAGGUGCUAGCGAAAUUUGAGGAAAUCGGCCAUCUGUUAAAGAAAAGCUACGAGAAUUCCGUGGAGGUCAUGUUCGCGAAACGAAAACGCAAACUAAAGAGAAAAGCGAACAGAAAAAUUCGACUAGAGCAAAGUGAACUUGUGUACAUGAAACGAUCGCCGAACUAUUGCCGAUCAAACCCGCGAAUUGGAAUUUCGGGGACAUCCGGAAGAGUGUGCCAAAGAGAUUCUGAGGACUCUAUGAACAGUUGUGCACUGCUGUGUUGUGGUCAUGGGUAUAACACGCAGAUUGCACGUGAGAAAAAGUUGUGCAAUUGUCGUUUCCAUUGGUGUUGUCGUGUCGAAUGCGAUACAUGCGAAGAUGUUUAUGAUAGGUACACUUGCAAGUAGUUAUGUAGUAUUCAGUAUUGCAGUCCUCGCAAUUUUAAUAAAUCAUCUAUAUUUAUAGAAUUUUCUUCUGUAAUUUAGAGUUCGGGCAGCAGUUUGCAGCAGUCCAUAUAUAAUGACAAUUUGCGUAAAGAUGCAUGCUAAUAAUGACAAAUAGAUUGUUCUGAAAACUACCAGAAGUACUGAUAUCUUAUACAUUCACUUAAUUGUUGUUAAAUCUUUGAAUAAUUCUCAUACAAUUAUAUAGGUUAUCAUACGAGGGGCGAGGCGAUAUCAGUUUUAGGGACGAUAUCACAAAUGAGGGACGAUAUCACAAAUGAUAUCGUCCUGAUAAAACUGAUGUCGCCUCGUCCCGAUUAUGAUAACCUGGUUUUUUUGGGGUUUUUUAAACUUUAUUUUGAUGAGAGUAAAUAUACAUUUUUACCUGAGAAAGGUAUUCUACCAAAUGGCCCUCUAUAAAAUUAAAUAAGCUAUUUACAAUAUAUAAAAAAGCUAGACUAGUUGCAUUUGACACAGCACAUGGGACUAUACGUCUUUAGUAUAAAUUUCCAGGUGACUAUUGAUUUUUCUGCAUUCUGAUUGGUCAAGAUUCACUGUCUCUGAAGUGAUAGUCACUGGUCAGUGACUAUAGCUUUUUUUUCAAAAUGGCUGCUCGUUUUGCCGUAGUAACAGAAGAGGAAAUUGCCAAAAUUAAAGAAGAUAGCAUUCCGAAAAAACCCAAACAAGCUACAAAAUAUGGUUUAAAAAUAUUUCAAGGUAAAAUACUAAACUUUACGUGCUUUUAUUUGGAAAAAAACUGGCUUAGUCGCAACGCGAAACAGAGCCGUGUCUGAGAUUUAAAUUUUGUAAACAAACUAUUUAUAGUGAAAAUAAAUUUAUUUGAAGUGAAUUUUUAUAAAGUUGUGUGGAUUAUUGUUUGUAAACACCUGGAAAUUUAUACUAAAACAAUUAGUCGCCUUAGGCUCGGUGAUUACAAGC